GAACAUGCAUUUCCACUCAUCAGCUUCAUCCCGGUGACGCAGUGAGCGAAAGAAAGUAAAUAGCUCCCUAACAAAUUACUUACCGUUAAUAAGUGCGCGUCCGCUUAUCGUCUCCCAGCUCCCCAAUCUCAUCAACAGGUCUUGCUACCUCGCUUCCGUCCAAAACGGUUUUGAGAUUCCACCUUAAUCUCCCUUCAGGUAGCCGCGCUGUCACUUUUUUCCGGCUGCUGCCUCUCGGCAUCAAUCGACAAACCCAUGGAAACUGCGCAAAGUACCGCGCGAACGCCGAAUGUAGCGUCACCUGGCAGACGACGCAUCGUUUGCCUUAUACAGUGCGUGUCUGUACCGGCACUCGGGCCAAGCAGCAGCAUACGUACAAUUCCGGCAUUCUAUCGAUCGAUCUCGGGAAUCGAGAGGAAAACGUUCGCAUCCGUGCUGACAGUGUGUCGAAAAAAAAAAUUAAAUCCAAAACAACAGCAACUAGAAAAGCCUCUAUCCCGAGAUGAGAGCCGAGCGGCGGUGGAGAAUUAACUGUAACCGGUCAUUUUCAUCCGCUCGAAAGAUGCGUCGAGCGGUGCGAAUGAUGAGGCGAACCCGUUUCGGAAAAGGGGGCCCGAGACACGGGUCGAGUCGGAUAGGAAAUGGAACAGCACUUCGCACACGCUCGCACGGUGACCGACUGCCGGGACCCAGAUUCGCACAGGGACCGGAAGCAGGACGCACCAGCAGCGCGGUUUCUCAGCAGCGGGAGAAAAGAAAAGCAGAGUUGUGCGGAGCUCCGCGCACGCAAAGGAAAGUGAUCCAUAUUCUAACUCCUUCUGGUGUGCGCUGCGAAGACUGCUGUUUGAAAAUGUACCUCCACCAGCACCACCUCCAUCCGGUCAGCCUGCAAAUCCCGCGGGCGGAAGGUUACAUCUUUGCGGCACGGUGGCGGCACGGUGCGGGAAAAAUUGCGGUACUGCCUAGUGGUGGAGUGGUUUUUCCACUUUCUUCCGAGGGGCGAUGCGUUUGCCGCACCGGCCGAGAACAAGACAUGCGGCUGGUAGAUGCUGCCCGGGCUCAGUUAUUGCUCAGCUUCGCGCGAGUUAAGAUCAACUGCGUUGUGCUGCGAGCGGUUCCGAGUUGCACCGAGGCUGGCAGCGAAUUUAAAAGCCGAGACCAAAGGGUUUGCUGUACGGCGAGUGAAAUAGCAGACGUGAAUUAAGCCAGCGCAGCACACUUUGUUGUACGCCAACCGCAACCCGCAAGCAUGGCAAGACGGUGCGCUUUUCUGCUGCUAACCGUAACGCUGUUGGCGCCAAUGCGCUGCGAAACGCGCAAAUACUUCCACAGUCGUUAUUCGAGCAGCAGUAGUGGCAGCAGCAGCAGCAGCAGUAACUUGCACCGAUCGAGCAUCACCGAUGGGUACGACAGCACCAGCUCCAGAGCGAGCAGCAGUGCCGCGUACAUCAAAACGAUCCCGUUGCGACUGCUAAACUGCCUUCAGCACGUGUCGCUCCUGGACUGUGGCAAGCUGUACCUUCUGCAGAACAUGGAAGCGCGCGCCUACCGCUUCCCAAACACCGGCAACCUCACGCACGACGUGCAGGACGUGCUGCUGCCCAGCUACCGGAGCGCGGACAAUCGGCUCUUCGCCGAGCGGCUGCUAGCGCUGAACGGCAGUGACGUCAACGAGCGGCUGGCGCGCGGUUUGCGCCUACUCUUCAACGAGCGCCUCAUCGAUCUGCAGCUGGUGCCGGGUGUGGCCGUACGCCUUACCCCGAGCGACACCAACGAGCUAGAGUUUUCCGUCCGCAAGGGCAUCACGGCGACCGGCGACGGCGGUGCUCCGGACGGUGCGGUCGGCCGCGACAAGGCCAAGAAGGGCGUCCGGACGGUGCUGCAGCUGGCCGUGCCGCUCGUGCUGCUGCCCUCGAUGCUGCUGGCCGGCGUGCUGCCGAUGGUGCUGCCCGUCCUCAAGUUUGCCACCAUCUUCUCGAGCAUCGUCAACCAUGCGGCGCUGGCCGCGGCCAUCAUGUACCUGGCGCGGCAGCACGCCGCCGAGCAGGAAAGCAAGCAGACGGUCUACUUUAACGCCGGCUACAACUAGGACGGCGCCCGUGGGCGUACAAGCACAAACUCCGAAACCAAAGAAGUGCUUCCCCACACAAUUAGCUUCGCGACGAC